CCGUCCUAACUCGAUUGAUCGUGGCGGGGUCUCAAGAAGCAUCUCAACUUUCUUGUGAAGUAUCACGCAUUGUUCUUGAACCCGUUUCCACACUCUUUGGUGUUUAUCUCUGUGUUAUAAAGCCCGAAAACCACUUGUCUUGCUGUUGUUGGAUAGGCCUUUCUUGCUCACAAUUACUCUUUCUUGCGACAUACUGCCCAUUCUCCGCAAGGCUUUCGUCAUUAAACAGGGCAUUAUUCUUCAAAACUUAUCACCAUGGCGCUCGGCACUGACGAGCCGCUGGCAUUCGUUUCGGCCAUGCCCGACAGCACGGUUGAUACGAAAUACUGGUGGAGGUCUAAGAACCUUCGGGUCCUGAACCUCCUACUUGUUUUUCCUAUGCUUUCCAUCUUCACCCAGGGUUUUGACGGGUCAAUGAUGAACGGUCUCCAAUCUGUUGAGAACUGGCGAAACUAUUUCGGAGAACCCAAAGGCGCUACACUUGGGCUUUUCAACGCCGCCUACCCGAUUGGCGGGCUCUGCGCCAUCCCCUUCAUCUCCAUCAUCAGCGACACCUUUGGCCGCAGGGCUGGUCUUGCAUGCGGUGCCUCUCUAUGCAUCUUGGGCGCCACGCUACAAGCCGCUGCCCAGAGCCUUCCCAUGUUUGUCGUGGCUCGUGGCAUUCUUGGAUGCGGUACUGUGUUUUUGGGUUCCUCUGGAGCACCUUUGAUCACAGAAAUAGCCCAUCCUGCCCACAGAGCCACUGCAACCGCUUUGUUCAAUACAUCCUACUCUCUUGGGGCCAUCGUCGCUGCAUGGACUACGUUCGGCACAUUUCGCAUUGAAUCUACAGCGUCAUGGCGUAUCCCUUCAGGGCUUCAGGGCCUACCGUCAAUCAUCCAACUUCUCGGUCUUUACUUCGUUCCGGAAAGUCCUCGUUGGCUCGCUUCCAAGGAUCGCAACGAGGAGGCUCUGGCGUUCUUGGCCAAGUACCAUGCGGAAGGCAACGAGCAUGACGCCCUUGUCCAAUUCGAAUACGAUGAGAUUCGAAGUGCUCUGGCUUACGAACGCACAGUCGAUCGCGGCAGCUGGCUCCAGAACUAUUUGGAGCUGGUCCGUACACCUGGAAACCGCAAGCGGAUGUUCAUCCUUCUUUGGACGUCAUGUAUUGCUCAGAUGUCCGGGAACGCCUUCAUCUCAUACUACCUAUCGCCGGUGCUCACUUCUGUUGGCUUGACCUCUUCUCUCGAGCAAACUCUCAUCAACGCUACACAGCAGGUUCUUUCUUGGAUUUCUGCCAUGUACUUUGCAACCUUGCCUGAGAAACUUGGCCGCAAAACGCUUUUCCUCGGCUCUCUGACUGCCAUCUUUGUCUGCUUGGUCAGUAUUACGGCUGGCAGUGCUGUUUUCGCUAAAAAUGGCUCCAACAAAGCUGCUGGAGGGGCUGUAGUGGCCUUUCUCUAUCUCUUCUCUCCUUCUUACAACCUCGGUCUCAACGGCAACUUGGUUCUUUAUAUCACUGAGAUUCUCCCAUACAGCCUCCGGAUGCGCGGCCAAGCUUGUUUCCAGUUCUUCUCGACCUGUUUCACUCUCAUCUCGACAUACGCUGUUCCGGUUGGCCUAGAGAGCAUGGCGUGGAAAUUUUACAUCAUUUUCAUUCCCUGGGUUGUAGUUGAGUUCGCGGUGUUAUAUUUCGUUUACCCCGAGACUAAAGGUCCAUCUUUGGAGGAAAUUGCAACCAUAUUCGAUGGUGUGAGCACCAGUCGCCCGGGGAGCUCUGGGAAAGAUGGGAUUCUGCAUGUGGAGCUUGAAAAGUCCGACCCGGCGGAACAGGUCUAGGAAACUCAUUAUGUUUCCACAUUCUCAUAGCUUUUUUAAAUCUGUUUACCCUUGCCAAAAGCCACUAAGGCUGUUUAGGUCCCGGACAAGGGACCGACAUAUGUUCUUUGGCAUCCAAGUCCAUUAUCGAUGCAGGACUUGUGACACUGCACACGGGAGAGGGUUCAACUCCCCUGGUAGCUGUUGGCAACAAUUCUUCCAGGCCUGAAGGUCUGUACAGUGGCGGGGACGAUACCGUGUAGGCCU